GGCAGAACAAACAAAUCACAAUCUACCGGCCCGGACAUUCCCAAACAAGUAAGCGAUAUCCGGCAUAACAAAUGCCGGCCACGACAACAAGAGUUCAAGUGAUAGCGGGGAAAGCUUUCGAUAAGCUCAAUCCCGGUAAACAAGCUUCCUCCGUUAUCGGUUCUUCCAUUGUCAAGCAAAACCUCGAUCUGUGGUAUUUUUACCACGUGCAUAUUUCUUCUCGAAGCACACAACACGCACUACAAUCAUCCAGCAUCAUAUCAUAACAAUCCAUCCUGCCGAUAACCCGACACCCCACAUUCGACAAACACAACACAACACAACACCUCAACCACAAAAUAGAAAAAAAUCAUGCCCGCCCAAAAGCACGUCGUCUUUGACGUCGUCGGCACCUGCGUCUCCUUCGAUGCCUUCUACAACUGUAUCGACCGCGUCAUCGGCGACAAGCUCCGCGCGCAAUGUAUUACGCCCCGUUUCUUCGGAUUCAGCUGGAUGACCACUGCCGAGCUGGAAUUUACCUUCUUGUCGAUUUCGGAACGGUACAAACCGUAUAAAGAGGUUAUUACGGCGUUUUUCUAUCGGACGUUACAUAUGGCGGGGGUCGAGGACCCGAGGUCGUUUGCGACGGAGGCUGAGAGGGACCAGUGUGUGCAGGGAUAUUCGGAGUUGGAGCUUAGACCAGGUACCCGGGAGUGUUUUGCGAGGUUAAGAGAGGCGGGAUUCACGGUUUGGUGUCUCACGACGGGGGAUACGAGGCGUGUGAGAGGGUAUUUUGAGCGUGCGGGGGUGGAUAUGCCGUUGGAAAACUUCAUCAGUUGUGAUUCGCAGGGGGUGGCUAAGCCGGCGCUGGGGGCGUAUAGGCCUGCGAUGGAGAGGUUUGCUGAGGAGGAUGUGAAGUGGUUUGCAGCGGCGCAUAUGUGGGAUGUUUCGGCGGCGGUUAAGGUCGGAUUUAGAGGGGCUUAUUGUACGGUGUAUGAGAAGGAGUCGUGUGCGGAGAUUUUUGAUACCCAGAUGGAGGUGUUGGCGGAUUCUUUGCCUGAGAUGGCAGACAAGAUUAUUGAAGCUUCAAGGUAGUGUUUUUGAGAUGUCAACAAAGGUAAUGGGAGCCACAGUAAUAAGUUGAAAGCUCAUUUAA